GAGAAGGCUUCGUUAACGUUUCGCAAGGAUACGAAGCCUCGCCAGUUGAUAGCGGGAAGGGCGAAGCAGCUGCAGUCGAGUGUUGUUGCUGACACGCGGAGAAGUGAUGUGCGCUGCUUGUGUCUCCUCGCCAGGCAGGACACCACACGGGAGCGGACUGCCGUGCCCUUAUCAGCUGCCGGCGGUCAUCCUGCUGCCGCUCCUGCUGUCCCCCCUCUCUCUCCUCGGCACCACGGCAGCGCAGCAGCACACCUACCCAGAGGAGGUGCAUAGGAUGGUGAUGGAGCGGCUGCAGCACCGCGAGCAAGGCCGCGGGGGCACCUGGGGGGAGUGGUCAGCCUGGACACCAUGCUCUAGAUCGUGCGGGGGCGGCGUCUCCAUUCAGUCUCGGGAGUGUCUAAUGAGUAACCGGCGGAGCAGGAUGAGAACGAGACGGAGGAGUUCAAUGAGUUACAGCAGGAGUGGCAGCAAGUGUGUGGGGCUGUACCGGAGGUUCCAGCUGUGCAACACUCAGUCUUGUGGGCUUGGCUACGUGGACUUCCGGCGCGAGCAGUGCGCCUCGUUCAACAAGACGCCAUUCAACAGGAGGUUCUACACCUGGGAACCAUAUUAUGACACUCCUGAAUCCUGUGCCCUCAACUGCCGUGCUGUGGGCCUCAGCUUCUAUGCCACCCUCAACCGGACAGUCAUUGAUGGCACCAAGUGUGGGGCACCUGAUGCUAAUAGCAUCUGUGUAGCCGGCCGCUGCAUGGCCGUGGGUUGUGAUGGGGUGCUGGGGUCCGGGAUGCAGCUUGACUCAUGUGGUGUGUGUGGUGGGGACAACAGCACCUGCAGAGUCAUCGCCGGCAUCUUCUCCAACCCCAAGAUGCCGUACGGAUACAACAUGAUAGCAACAUUGCCCCGUGGCGCUGCCAAUAUCACCAUCCAGCAGGUGAAACCCUCAACAAACUACCUCGCCUUGCGUCACCAGGGUGGGGAGUUCUUCCUCAACGGCAACUGGAUGGCCAAUGUCUCAGGCCACUACUACUCAGCUGGCACUGCCUUCACCUACCAGCGGUCCGACUUCUUCACCGGGGACAUGGUGACCGCCAAGGGACCACUGCAUCAGCCUGUUGAUGUCAUACUGUUCUACCAGUCGGUGAAUCAGGGCAUUAAGUAUGAGUACCGACUACCAAUGGGCCCCAUAUCCUCACAGCGGCUGCUGGCAGUGGUGCCUGGCUCUCCGCAGCGUCCCAGAGUGUCCGACAACCCCUCCAACCCUCUUGUGCCUGGAGGACCUGCCAGCCGGACACCACCCUCAGGUCCAGUAAAUGAUGCACAUUCUCCGGGUGGAAACUCCAUCCAGUCCUCCUCCUGGUGGAAGGAGCAGCAGGAGGAAGAGAGGAAAAAAGAAGAAAGAAGCGAGAGGGGAAAAAAAAGGAACAAGAAAGGAAAGAAUAAGGGAAAGUCAAGAAGGAAAAGGUACGAGUGGAAAGUGGCCGGCUUCAACAGCUGCUCUGAGCCUUGUGGGGGAGGCUCCCAGACAACCCGUGUGGUGUGCAUCAAGAGGAAAAGAGGAAAUGAGGUACCAGCUAAUUUCUGCAAUGACCUUCCUCGCCCUGCUGAGGAGACCGUACGCUGCAACCUGAGGCCAUGUCCACCCACAUGGAUGCCGGGUGAGUGGGGGCCAUGCAGUGUGACCUGUGGGUUGGGUGUCCAGACCAGAUCCUUCACUUGUCUGGUGAGGAUUUCUUCUGACCAGCAAGUGAUGGAGCCUGAGGGGGCAUGCCUCACUCCCUCCCCUUUGGCCAAGGCACAGGUGUGUGAGAUGCCAGCCUGCAAUGCAGCACCAGCCUGGGAUGCAGGGCCCUGGGGCACGUGUUCAUCCCAGUGUGGCCUCGGCACCAGGCACCGGGAAGUGACCUGCAAGACUCCAGAGGGUCAAGUGCCUGACAACCAGUGUGAAGUCAGGAGCAGGCCUAGUAACCAGGAGCUUUGUGACAUGGGUUCGUGUGCCACGGACACAUGGUUCUUCUCGGCGUGGGAGGACCAUUGCUCUGAGGAAUGUGGGGAGGGUGUGCAGCGCCGCCGCGUCCACUGUUCGGGUGAUGCCUUUGACAACCAGGUGAAGGAGAACACGUGUGACCCCGAGCAGCACCCAGCCACCACCAGGACUUGCACCUCAGACCGCGGCUGUGGCGGCAAGUGGUUCACAGGCCCAUGGGGAGAAUGCAAUGCGGAGUGUGGGGAUGGCCACCGCCUCCGUGCCGUGGUGUGUGUGGUGUUCCAGGGACGCUGGCGGGUCACCAAUGACCAGACGAGGUGCAAAGGUCACCUGCGGCCUGACUCUAGUGAGCCCUGUAAUGUUACCUGCAGCCAACAGUGGUACACUUCUGAAUGGUCUCAGUGCUCAGUGUCGUGUGGGAGCGGUGUGCAGCGGCGAGAGGUGAAGUGUCUGAACGCCCAGCUGGAGCCGGCCCUUGGGUGCACCUCCGCCAGCAAGCCGGACACCCGCCAGCCCUGCAACACUCAGUCCUGCCAUGAGGAGCAAGCAGACGAGAGUGUCAGCAACACCAGCAGGAGUGAGCCACCCCAGCAGACGGCACCCUCCCUACCGGGUGACAGCAGUGCGGACCACCGGUCUUCAGGUAAUGUGGAGAGCGAAGCAGGCUGGAGACCACCACCCCAGUUCCUAGAGGCUGCCACCACUGGGUUUGCAUCACUGGAGGCUCACAGGGAGCCUGACAGGGAGGCAGAGAAGAACCCUGAGCAGGACCUUCUUUCAACAGUAGAUGAGAAUGUGGCUGAAGAGGAGGAGAAGGAGGUGGAGAGCGUGAAGGACUCUUCCUCGCGUGACACCUCCAGGAGGAGAGCACAUCCGCCCCUUUCCCCCUACAGACCUGGCCGGCCAUGGCGCCCUGGCCUGCCCACAGGGUCGUGCAUGGACCGGAUGAAGAACUGCCACCUGGUGUUCAAGGCACGCCUCUGUCGACUCAAGUAUUACAACAAGCUGUGCUGUGAGACCUGCACCAAGGACCAGUGAGAGGCUACAAGCCUGCCCUGACACACAGUGGGGCAGCUGCCAUCUGUCUUGUGUACUCAUUGAAGCUUUGAAGUGUAGUGUCACUGACUUGUGGGCCGUUGACAUUCAGAAGAACUCCUUAUAUCACUGGAGACUGGAAUCAAUUGGUGACCUGAGUAAAAUGAAAAAGUUAAAGAUCCUGAAAAUUUGUGAAAAUGGAGUAAGAUUUGAAAUUAAUUGAUGAAUGUAGACAAAAUCAUAAUAGAGACUCUUUCAGUAUAUGUUUGUUUACUAGCUUUCUGAAGUGUGACACAUCUAGAGAAGAUAUUGAAGAAAACAAAAGUUUGUGCAGCAACAAUAGUAGUUUGAGACUGACAGUGACUUGGUUUUGCUUCAUAUUCUGAAUGGAUCUGCCCCUGCACUCAUGAGAGGUGCAGUGGAGGGGAGAAAAGAAUGCUGUUGUGUUGCUGUCUGAGCAGGUCAUUGCCAAUCUUGCAGGUGCUUUACUGUAUGAAAUGUACUUGAAGUAUAAACCCCUAGAGGAUCUCCUGUGUGUUCAAGUCCGGAAGCCCAAAGCAAAAGGUUUUCUUCUUUGAACCAUUGCCUGUUUACCCUUCAGUAUCAUCUGUUUACCUCUCUGGGUGUGGCCUAGACCAUCUGUGGUCUUGUAGCAAGCAAAUGUGUACACACACACACACACACACACACACACACGUGAGGAUAAAAUUGUUGACUUUCCUCUCCAGCACACACACACACACACAAACACAAACACACACACACACACACACACACACACACACACACACACACACACACACACACACACACACACACACACACACACACACACACACACACACACACACACAAACAGAGGACUGCUAGCCUUGCACUCCUGGCAGGCUGCAAGGUGUUACUCCUAGCCUUACGUCCCACACUUUUCUACAUGGUGAGCAGGGGCUGCAAUGUGAAGGAGACAGGCCCAGACUCUCUGCCCAGCUCAGGAUUUCAGCCUGGAUGCUCUUGUUCUCUGAGCAAAGCCAGCAGCCCUCACAUCUCUGGGCUGCUCAGGAGAAAUAACUGUAAAUAUACAUAUUUCACAUAAAAAAUAAGCAAGAUAUACAAGCACAUGUAUUAACAUAUGUAAAUAUUUUCACUUUUAGAGAAGAAUAACAUUUUGAAUCAUAGCCAGUUAUCAUAGAUAUGGUGGGAGUGGACUGUGAGAGUUGAGAUAAAAGCAUAGUAAAGUUUUGCAUCAGUACAUCACUGGCAUAGCAUAGUCAGUUGACUUCCUCUCUCAGUGUUACUGGAUGGUUCAAAGAAAUUAUCUUCAUGUUCCUAACAUACAUCAUUACUUGUAACUUCAAUACUUCAGCCAAUUUACUUAUCAUCCAGAGGUUCAAGUGUGGAUCAGCUGUGGUUGAAAUUAACCUGCACAAUCACCAGACAUCAGUUUGUAAUGACGAGGGUGUGGAGAUCAAGUGGGAGCAUCCAUGAAGCAACAUAGCAUGCCUGACACCUGCCAGCUGCCAACCUCCUGACAGGACCACUUCACAUCCAGGCAGCACUGGGUGCUCCCACAACUGCAGUCACCCACAGGUGGCUAAAGUUCACAGCCAGUCAACACUCACCUGCAGUAAAGAAAGGAGUAAAUUGCUUGUAAACUUAUUGCAAUGUGUUCCUGUAAAGGCAAGAUUGUCAGUAUGUUAUCACUGUGUCACUGGCAGUUGCUCUGUGGCGGUGAUGCAUGUUGCUCCUUUAACCAUUAUUCAUAAUCCCUUGCUAAAAGACAUCACAAAAAUUUAGGUACUUGAGGAAUUUUAUGUUUUUUUUGUAAUAUGAGAUUUUUUAUUGUUAAAGUUUCCGUCCAGUUAAGACACAGUUUUAGUGUCCAGAGAAGGAAUUACUUAUACUAAGAUAUUGAUCUUUGUGAUCAAGUGAAGUGCAGUGGUUGGAGCAGCAAGCACUGUGCCAUUCAGUACCCAAGGCAAAAUGGCUUUCUCUCCAGGGAAGCCACUUUUUCACUUUUGUACUGCAAGUCAAAACUGUAAUGAGUUCUCAAGAGUCAAAUAACACAUGGUAAUACUCUGACAGCAUUUCCUCUCCCCUGAAACACUCACUCCCUGACCUUCCCGUGACUCAGGCUGCACACCACCUCGCCUCUCACAGCCUACUCCCUCCACCGGACUAGCUCUGCCCUCCCUCCAUCACCAGGCCACACCACCCUGGCCUCCUUACUCCCGUGUAUCUCAUCAUUGAGGGCUGUUCACUUUUCGUUAGCUUUAUGAGGGCAGAAAAUAACUUCAAGGCUGGUAAUGUACAUAUUGCUGUAUAUUAAAUGUCUGUAGAAC